GGAGCCGGCGGCCCAGGGCGUCAAGGGUCGCGGGGUACCCAGCGGGCUGGCCAGCCUCGGGUGCCGGGCGGAGCUGAGUCGCCGCCCGGGGUGCGCGCAGCCGGUGGAGCUGCGCGGAAGGCAAAUGAAGAUAAAACAAUGUCUGCCAACCUAAAAUACCUUUCCUUGGGAAUUUUAGUCUUUCAGACUACCAGUUUGGUUCUAACAAUGCGUUAUUCUAGGACUUUAAAAGAGGAGGGUCCUCGUUAUCUAUCUUCUACAGCAGUGGUUGUUGCCGAACUUUUGAAAAUAAUGGCCUGCAUUUUAUUAGUCUACAAAGACAGCAAAUGUAGUCUAAGAGCACUGAAUCGAAUACUACAUGAUGAAAUACUUAAUAAACCAAUGGAAACGCUUAAACUUGCUAUUCCAUCAGGGAUAUAUACUCUUCAGAAUAAUUUACUCUAUGUGGCACUGUCAAAUCUGGAUGCAGCUACUUAUCAGGUCACAUAUCAGUUGAAAAUUCUUACAACAGCAUUAUUUUCUGUGUCUAUGCUUAGUAAAAAAUUAGGUGUGUACCAGUGGCUCUCCCUAGUAAUUUUGAUGACAGGAGUUGCUUUUGUACAGUGGCCCUCAGAUUCUCAAGAGCUUGAUCCUAAGGAACUUUCAGCUGGUUCUCAGUUUGUAGGUCUCAUGGCAGUUCUCACAGCAUGUUUUUCAAGUGGCUUUGCUGGAGUUUACUUUGAGAAAAUCUUAAAAGAAACCAAACAGUCAGUGUGGAUAAGAAAUAUUCAGCUUGGUUUCUUUGGGAGUAUAUUUGGAUUAAUGGGUGUAUACAUUUAUGAUGGAGAAUUGGUGUCAAAGAAUGGAUUUUUUCAGGGAUAUAACCGACUGACUUGGAUAGUUGUUAUUCUUCAGGCACUUGGAGGCCUUGUAAUAGCUGCUGUUAUUAAAUACGCAGAUAAUAUUUUAAAAGGAUUUGCAACCUCUUUAUCCAUAAUACUAUCAACACUGAUAUCCUAUUUUUGGCUACAAGAUUUUGUGCCAACCAGUGUCUUUUUCCUUGGAGCCAUCCUUGUAAUAACAGCUACUUUCCUAUAUGGUUAUGAUCCCAAACCUACAGGCAAUCCUACUAAAGCAUAGUCAUAUACUAUCUUUAACUGAUUUUUCACAAUGGUGCACUAGGAAUCUCAACAUUAAUCUUGCAUAGAGGACUUCUACAGACUCUCAGAAGAUAUCGUCAUGCUGAAUCUCAUUGUAUUGUUCAAAUGAUUUGAAAAUAUAAAAGUUUAAGGAUAAAAUGUGUAUAUGUUAAUGAAAUAGCUAUUACAUCUAGAAAUCAAAGCUUGAAAGUAUUUCCAGCUAUUAGAAUAAUUAUUGGAGAAAACUUGAAAUCUGAGUUUAAAAAGAUUUUACCUUUUGAUUGCUGCAGAAAUGUCCUAUGCACUCUUUGCAAGAGCACACAACAAAUGUCAGAUACAAUUUUUGCAAAUGAGAUCUAUUUAAUCUUAUUAAAUGUUUUUUAUCUUUUCUGUAUAGAAAUAUCAAAUCACAUGGAAUAUUCAAAGUUUGAAAAUUAUAAUUAUAAUUGCUUAUAAAGCUGUGAAGAAACAGAAGUAUGAUUUGAAAAACAUUUUAAUGUAUCUGAGAUUUUUAUAUUUAUAUACUAAAGAAAAGAUUGCUAAAUGUCAUUUGUUCAACUACAUAAAAAUUGAUAAAGUUAUGUCCUGGGUCUAAUUUAUGAGAGAAUAAAAUUCAUACUUAAAUUUAAUGUAGGGAAAUACACACAUCUAUUUCUCCAUCUACAUUUUAAGAUCCGUUUAGUGCUUUGAAACUGCUGAAAGCAAUCCAGUUGCUCCUGUGCUAGAUUGUAGCCUGAGAAUUUUGCACUAAUUGAGUUUUGUUCUUAAUCUCUUAAUUGUGUUUCUUUUCUGUAAAUCAGAUAAAUCCUUAAUAUUUCUUUAAAUUAAAUUGCUGUAUGUGGUAAUUUCCAUUAAAGUUUCAAAAUGAAUUUAAAAGGAUUAAAUACUCAUUUAAUAAUUGAAAAUAAUUAUUAUUAUCUAUUAUCUCCACUUGGAGAAUUUUGAACUAUCAAAGCGUAUACUGUACACAACUAAAAUGUUUUUAAAUGAAUAUUGUAGUCAUUGAUCUGUAAAAAUUCCUUUAAUCUACAGCUGUUAAAAACAACCACCAAAAUAAUAAUAGUAUAGAUAUCAAUGAAUUGAGACCAAAAUGACCUUUCUUAGAGACAUUCCAGAUUGCCAUAAUAUUAUAUUAUUUUAAAUGGCACUAUAGCUAUAAACUCAAGGCUGCUCAGAAAAACUUUUUAGGCCUUUCAUAAACCCACCAUCCCCAGGAAUACUCUGGUCACAUGUCUAGGAGACGUAGCAAAUUCUGAGUUCCCUUUCUGUGGCCCUGUAGAAGCUGCUGGGAAGGAGCCACCACUUAGAUUUAAGAUAGUGGUUUCUUUUCCGUUUUGAUUAGCACUGGAGUUGAGGUUAUAAAUUACAUGAGUUAUUUAAUAAGUUGGUUCAAGAGGGAGAGAAAAUAUAGCAAAAAUGGUAAAGUGAAUUGGUGGGCAAGAAUACGGAAUAUGGAUGUAAUUUAAUUAUUGACUAUAGAUAGAAUUACCUAUAUUGUAUAAGAAGUAUUUUACUUUAUUUUUUCAUUUAUGCUUAUAAAUUUUUAAGUCUCCCAUUCUAAUAGUAUAAAAACUAAAAAAAAUAACUAUUUUUAUAUUGUUAUAGUGGAUUUUGUUAAAUAGAAUUUGGCUCAAAAAUACCGUGUUACAAAUUUUGGGGUACUUUGGCUUAUUAGGACUGGCUGUGUUUCUUUGCUUUAUGCAAACCACAUCUCUAUAAGACACAGGUCUAAUCUAUUCCAUUCAGAGUCUAAAAGUGAUUAAAAUUACAAAAUAUCUUAAAUCAAUUAGCUGGUGAUUCCAAAUUGGAACUAACUAAACUUUCUGGAAGCCUGACCUAUGAUUUUCAGUGACCAUCUUUUAGAGUAUUUGUUAAUAACUUCACCACAUUCUGAGCAUUGUGUUUUUAGAUCUUAACAGCAUUCAGACUCACAUCUUACUAUCUACUUCUGAGUGAAAUCUAAGUCCUGCAAAUGCAAAGAAUUCAAGAGGAUAUAUAAAGAUUUAUGUUCAGCCUGCAUGGAAGUACUAGUUGGGUACUAGUAUAUAUUAAUUCAGUGUACAUUUACAUAGGCUGAGUGUACCUUCAAAAAAUGAUAAAAUCAAAUAAUUGGAUAUUAGACAUGUUAGUUACCAUAUUUUCCAGUGUCCAAAAUAAUAUAAUUUUAAGAUUCCCAAUAAAGCUUUUAAAAAUAUAAUUAAGAGUUGUGAGAAAAGAUGAAGUGAUCUAAAGCCUAUUUUUAAACCAACUUUUAUUAGACAAGUUUAAUUUAUAUUUUGCUUUUCUAGUAGGCUUAAAGAUGUUAUUAGAGAUUGGGUUGUGUAGCUUAUAAUUUUUAAUUCAUAGAGAAAGAAUUGGAUUUGAGAAGGGGGGCCUAUAUCCUAGACCAUGUUAUUUACUCAAAUAAUGCCAUUUUCGUAUGUGUGUGUGGUGUGUUUUGAUGACCUUCAAAAGCCUUAUUGUAUCAAUCAAUCUUGACUAUUUAAAUUCUUACUUUUUAAAGUUUACUUGUUAUCUCUCAACUACUUUGUUCACUAUAUUCAUGGGAGAAGAGUGCCAGUUGAUAGUUCUAUUAAAAAUUAAGAAUUAAGUAUUUGGGAAGAAAAGUUUAAAAUUCAAUAUGUAGGUGUUUCAACAUGGUAAUAUUACCACUUCUUUAAUAAGUGUUCUUAGGGAAGUUGGAGGCUAGUUUUAUGGUAGAAACUAUAGUUUAGAGAUGCAAAACUUCAAUGUUUACAUCAGUUUAUAUUGAAUGUCACAAUUUCACAGAAGGGAAGGUAGUUUGAUAUUUAAACUAGAUUCUAAGGAGACAGAAUCUAAAAAGAAACUAAUUGACUUUGUGCCCAGUAGAUGUAGUGUAAUAUUGAUUAUUCUUAAAUAUUGGUACACUUUUCCUACAUAUCAAAUUAUUGAACUUUUAAAAUGUCAUUGUAUCGUCAUUCAACUGAGUUUUGUUUUGUUUUUAAAAAUAAGGGUUAGCAUCGCUUAUUUUAUCUACACUUUCAUUGUUAUAUUUAAUUACACAUGGAUGUAUGCUUUACAUAAGAAAAGACUUAUAAGUUAUUUAUGCUAUAUUGAAAGUCAUCUUAAGAAUCUCCCAGAUAUGUAGCAUAUUUAAAGUAAUUACAGGACCAAAGAAAAAGCACCUUUAUCAAAAUCUGGUCCUAUGUGCCUUGCUUUACCAAAUACCUGACUUUUCUGAAAGAUAUUACUGUAAUUCACUACUUUGGACACAUGGGGAAAUUGACGUUUUAUGAAUAACUAUAAUUCAAUUUUUUGGAUGUUUCAACAUUUGCUCUUUAAAUCCAUUAUCUAACAGAAUAUUAAAUUAGUAUACUGUAUAAACAUUAGUAAACAGUAUUUAUUUAAAUAAAUUAUGCACCAUUGCUCCAUCAUUGAGCUUUUGAAAUUUUAACAAGUGUAUAUAUAUGGCUGUUAUUUGGUUGUUUUAUUUCUUAUUAUGAGAUAUAAU